AUGUCAAAUUUAACCAAAGUUGAAGCUAAAAGAGCAAUAGAUAGCGCCGAGAGGAAAAUCUCAGAGAAUGAUUACGUUGGAGCAAAGAUAUUCGUCAACAAGGCUCAUAAUUUGUAUCUAGAGCUUGAAGGUUUGAAGCAAGUGUCGGUGAUGAUCGAUGUUUAUAUCUCUGCAUCAGACAAGAUCAAUGGAAGAGGAGAAGCUGACUGGUACGGAGUUCUCGGUGUUGAUCCUCUCGCUGAUGACAAAGCAAUGAAGAAACAGUACAAGAAGUUAGCUGUUUUGAUUCACCCGGACAAGAACAAGUUCACUGGCGCAACAGAGGCGUUUAAGCUGGUUUUGGAAGCUUGGACUCUGUUAUCUGAUGAGGCUAAGAGAAUUCUUUAUGAUCAGAAGAGAAAAUCGGGACAAGUUAAGCAGAAAAAGAGUGGAAUGCGGCAGAAACCGCCAAAGCGAAAGCAUGAGCCAGAUUUUUCAUGGAAGAAGCCUAAGCAUGAGCCUGAGUCAGAGCCAGAUCCAGAGACAGAUUCUUCUUCAUCGAAAUAUGAGAGAGAAAGUACCUUUUGGACAAAGUGCAAUAGAUGCAACACAUAUUGUGAAUUUGGGAGGAAUAGUUAUCUUAAUAAGACCAUACCUUGUCCUAAUUGCAGACAUGAUUUCGUUGCAACCGAGAUAGUUUUGGAGGAAAUCAAUGGGAGGCGAGUCAUCAGGUUUUGUAAAAGCGCAUAUGAUACUUCUUCUUCUUCUCCUUCAGCUUCAGCAUCUGAUAGCGCAAAGGCUGCACAUGCAAGAAUGAAAGGAUGGUUUGAGCCGGAUCCUGAGCCUAAGCAUGAUCAUGGUUCUUCAUCGGAAUAA